GCAAAGGAGCAAACAAACUGUACUGCACUGCAGGAGGGGUGCUGGGGGGACACAUUUUGGGUGCCGGGGUUUACAUCCCUCACCGGGGCAGGUUGUGGUGACUGGUCAGGACAAGGUGCCUUCCGGGAGGCAGAUAACAAACAGAAACGCAGACAGUGCUGGAUGGUGCCUAUGCUGGUGAGGGCUUCAGUGUUUCCAUGAACACUGACUCCCUGACUCAACCCAGUCCCUGGCUGACCUUGUCCCUGUGGCCUCCAGCCCAGCUAUAAAUGGGAUAUCACUCUGCCCUCAAAAGUGAGUGUGCCAGCUUGGAAAACCAAGGCAGUGCCAUCCCAGUUCCCCUGUGUUCCCAGGCCAAGGUAAAGCUCCACGCGACUCUGCAUCUCCUGCACAGCUGUGUCUACCACAAACCUCUUGACAAGCGCUUGGGCUCUAGCAAAGCUCUUUUUCCCCAAUUUUCUGCCCACAGCUGAGUCUUCAUUUCCUUCAUCAAGCCUGAAUCCAGAAGCACUGCCUUGGAAAUGGUUUCAAUUUCCUUUCAUCAUUGAGUAGCUACUAAUUUAUGUAGGUCAGUCUAUCCCUUGAAGAGCUUUAACUAAGCUGUGCUUCCAUCUCCUUAGAGCCUUAGCCGUGAUGUCCAAGUCAUGUGCAAAGAAGGGACCAGAUUCUGAGUUCUGCGAAGUCUUUGGCAGAUUUCCCUUCAACUACUCCGAGUUUCAGGUCAGUCUUCUUGGAUUUUGUGAGGAGUUGACCUGCUUAAAGGUCUUAGAGUGGAGAGUGGGCAGCAGUGGACCAGCUUGGUUUUUUAACAUAUGAACACUGCAGGGCCCACAUUAAGGGGGGGCUGUGCAUCAAUCCUUGGGCAAUAAAACAUUCCCUGGUGUGCUUCCAUCUCCUGUUUGCCUCACACUCGAUCUGUGUCCCUCAGGAUGGAGGGAGGGGGCAGCCAGUCUGUGCUGGGGGAGAAUGUAGCACAUGGCCAGGACACACGGCUGAGGUUUGUUCAGCCUGGAGGAGCCUCAUUGGGUCUGCAGCUUCCUCACAGCUCCGAUCUCUGAUCUCUGUGACCAGGAGCACGAGCCGAGGGAACAACUGGAGCUAUGUCAUGGGAGGGUUAGGCUGGAUAUCAGGAAAAGGUUCUUUCCCCCAGAGGGUGAUUAGGCACUGAGCAGGCUUCCCAGGGAGUGGGCACAGCCCCAAAGCUGCCAGAGCUCAAGGAAGGUUUGAACAAUGCUCUUACACACACAGGGUGGGAUUGUUGUGGUGUCUGGGCAGAGCCGGGAGAAGGGCUGGAUGAUCCUGUGGGUUCCUUCCAAGUCAGGAUAUCCUACGGUGAGGUAAGAGUUCAUGUGGUGACUCAAGAUGCAGCAGCUGAAUGCUGUUCCCUCAAAGCCCCGUUGCUACUUGUGACUCUCCUAAGGGUUGUUUUGGCAGCUUUUUUGACUUACAGGAGUCCCUCUGCUUCGGCUGUGUGCUUCCUGCUAGUCCUGCUGCCAGCUGGUGAUGCCCACCCCACAGCCCUCUUCUGUUCCUUCCUGAAAGAAAGGCCCACUUUAACAGUGGGGAAAUCAUUCCCAGAGAGUACUGAAAUUAAACAGAAAAAGGCGAAUCUGACCCAUGUUUUCCCAUGCAGGCUCGUGCACACACUCACACUCCCAAGACAUCCAGGACCCCAGAUAUUUCCCGGCCCCGCCAGGCGUGGAGCCAGCCAUGCAUAACAAACAACACGACCCCGUGAAUGGCCACGCAGCGAAGCCAAGCUGUUUGCCUGAUCCAUCCGUCAUUGUUCAGCCGGCUUUUCCCACUUUGAACGAGGGUUUGCGGCAUCAGGAAGUUAAAAGGAGUCAGGAGGGGGGAAAAGGGGGAGUGUUUCUUUUAAAAAGAGAGUGAGAUUGGAGAGGAGGACACAGGCACUCCAAACCCUGUCUGUGCUUGGUAUAUUAGGCAGCCAGUGCUCUUGGCUGGGAGCCCAGACGAGGCUUUUGUAAUCAAAACAUGAUCUUGUAUGCUGUGCAACCAGUGCUGAGAAAGGCCGUCUGAUGGCUCUCCUCUUUUAGCUCUGCUCUGGAAUCCGCCGGGCUCUGCCGCCGAUGUCCAACAUGCACCGAGCUGAUGCUGCUGUGGAUGAUGCUGUGUUAAGGAAGAAGGAGCAGAAAGAUGUUGAACUUGAUAAGAAAAUCUUGGCUUUGCGGAAAAAAAACGAAGCGCUGAUACGAAGGUACCAGGAAAUAGAAGAGGACAAAAAGCGAGCGGAACAGGAGGGAAUGGCUGUUACCUCCAGGAGGCCCAAGCAGGAUGGACUCACUAUUACCAUCACUAAAGCUCACAAUGACCUGAAAGAUGCAAUUACCCAGACUGAACACUAUGGACAAGAUAGCCCAGCCCUCUCGAUGGACAAAAGGGUGGUGAGUGAGAAAUGGGGAAGCCCCGGUCCUACAAGCCCUGGGUUUGGCAUUGGCAGUGAAGAAGAGGAGGAGGAGGAGGAAGCAGAUCAUAUGUUCACAUUCAGGAUGGGGAAGAGGAUGCAGCUGGCUGUUACCAUGGACAACAAAGCAAAGGGCAAGAGGAUCGUCAGUGAGAAACGCUCCGAGAGCUUCCCUGGCCCGGGCCGAGUGCCGGACCUGAGUGAGGAGGAGAUGGACCAUUUGGUGGCUUUCCGACGGGGAAGGAGGAUGCAGAUUGCCAUCACCAUGGAUAACAAGGAAAAGGGAGAAGAGCGGAGAACAGCAGAGAAGAGGAGAUCAGACAGUGACAGAGGCCCAGAAAGUGAGCACAGCCGGAAGGAUGGUGGGAAGCCAGUCCAGAAGAGCCCUGGAGACGUGAGUUUCCCCAUGACUGGCCGGGAGCGCUCGGAGUACAUCCGCUGGAAGAGGGAGCGAGACCAGAUUGACCUGGAGCGCCUGGCACGUCACAAGAAUGCCAAGGGCGAGUGGCGACGGGCUUGGGAUGUGGAGAAGUCGGAGCACAUGUUUGAAGAGGACUUUGUUAAGGAUGGGGAGCCAGCCUUGGAUAAUCCCAGCAGUAAGAAAGGGGGAAGGAAUGCAAGGAAAUUCCAGCACAGGUCCUUUCCUGCGGAUGGGAGAGGUGGAGGACAUCAUGGAGUGAAUGUGAGCGACCCUGGUCCGAAGGCAGUGCCUGCUGUGAGCAGCCGAGCCAAGGGGAAGGACAGACUAACAGGCAGAGCCAGAAGAUGGGAUGCAAAAGAAGGCGAGGACAUGUCUCUUGUGAAGGAUGACCUUGAUGGCCAGAGGAGCCUUGGUAUGGACAGGCGGAAGAGCAGAGGUGACGAGGGGGUGGAAGAGAACUGCACAGCUGAGCUGGAGGGAAAGGGGAAACAGCCAAGCCUCCAGGAUCACGGGGCCUCCUCCUCACAGCGGCUGCGAAGUGGGAAGGUCCAGCCUGCCCAGAAUGGCCAGAAGGAGGAGCAGAGGGGAGUGAGGGGCUGCAGCACAGAGGUGUCUGUGGCCAGCGCUGGGGACUCAGAGCCAGGGCCCAAGCCAAGCAAGGAAAGUGUUGGGGAAGAUGCCAGUGGGAAGCCUGGCACUGCUGACGUCUCCCAGGAGAAGGAGAGCACUGACAGCACUGCUUCACAGAGCCUUCAGAACACUCUGCAAGGCACCAGGCCUGGCAGCGAGGAGACCUUGUCACUGCCCGUGGGAGCAAAUGUAGAUGGAGCUGGGUUGGAGAAGCAGCCAGCUUCGGAACAGGAGUCCUCUGAGAACUCUUCCAGCAGCCAGGGAGGAAAGCUCGACACAGCAGCAGGAGACAGACUGGAUGCAGACCAAGGACAGUUGGUGAGCAAAGGAGGGGAAGAAGUGACCCAAACCACUGCUCUUGAGGGACAGGCACUUGCACUGAAAGGAAGUGAAGAUGCUGAAGGCACUGAACACCACGAGCCUUUGCCCCCAGGGAAAGCCAGCUCUGACAAGGCUGUUGAGCCUGAGCAGGACAUGGCAAAAUCCCAGUCUGGGGACGGGGACCAGCCUGAGGACUGCAAGGACAAGGACAGUGGGGACACUCACAACUAGCAGAUUGCCCCGGCUUGCCUGAGACGUAAGGAUAACGUGCUGGAGGCAGUGGAGGAGAAGAGGAGCACAAGCUUGUCCUCACUCUUUUACCUUCUAUGAAAUCAGCUUUCAGCACCUGUGCAGUGCCCUUCAGCACCAUUCACAACGCGGGGUCCCCAUCACCACCCACUCACAGUUCUGGCAUCCCCCUUCCCUAUCCGUGUGUGAAAGGACAGGGAAGGGUGCACACACUCCCACCCUACAGAGAAAACACCAUCACUUAUCUCUUUGUUUGGCAUAUAUUGCAGCUGUGUGGCAAGCCAAGGAAAUGUCUACUGGAUGCACUUUAUUUUAUUUAAUGACUAAUUCUUUUUAAACUUAUGGCUUGGGUUUCUGGGCACACAUGCUGUUUUUUCCCCAAAGGCUGGAGGCAUGUGCCAGGGGCUGUGCCAGCAACUGGAACAGCAGGAAGAGGUGACUGGCAAAGCAGAGGGUUGAUAUGUUAAGGUAUAGUUCACUAGGUGGGUGAAGAAGGUGUAUUCAGAGCUCUUGUACUAGAGGUUUGCACGUGGUUGAAGUGUUGGCAGAGGUGUAUGGUAGUGGCAGGGGCUGCAGGGCAUGAGCAGGAUGGAUGGAUGGAUGGAUGGAGCGCUUCUGACAAGCAGAGAUCAAGCCAGCACCUCCUCCUUGAAGAGCCUCCAGCUGUCCUCCCCUUUUAGAGGCUGAGGAGCACAUCAGGAUAGUGCUUUGUGCCAAGGAAGGUGGCUGCUUGGGUGACUGGGUGUGUGCAACCCAGCAAACUCCGUGCCCCCUUCCCAAACAUAACUGGGCAUCCCUGCAGCACAGCAAGGACGGGGACAGCACAAUAAUCUUCCUCCCUCACCACACUGCCCAGAGCAGUUGGCAGCAGGACCCAGGCCAAACUGGAGCUGGAGGUCUAAGACUUUGUAUUAAACAUUUUCACCUUCCUGGUUGUGCCUUCCAUAGCCUUGUGUUUCAUUAAGAGAGCAGGAAUCCUCUCUAAGCUGCCCUGCAGACCUUCUGACCGGGCCUUAAAUAUACCUUUCAAAUGAAGGAUCUGGAGGAGCUUUACAAGCACAAACAUGCAGGAAUUCUAGCUGCUUGGCCUUCCAGUUACAGCAAGCUAGGACCCAGCUGGAAUACAGCUACCAGUUAAGGAGAAGGCACAAGGAAUAACACAACGUAAUUUCUGACUUCUGAAUGACAGGGCAGAGGGCACAUCACCCUCACUUCAAGGCUGCUCUAAAAUCUGAUGCCAGAGUAAGCGUCCCUGGUACAGGUAUAUGUGGAGACUGCCUGCAAUGUCCUGAGGGAUGUUGGCUGACCAGGCUGGCAGACUGCCCUGGAGAUCAGCUUGGCACGUGUGGACUGAAAUACUCUAUGCUGCUUUAAUAAACUAAUAUUUGCACAGACAAACAUUUGUUUUCCCACGUGACUUAGACCCGUGACACCUAUCAUGAAGCACAAGCCUGGGAAUUUCUUCCAUGUGCCAAAUUCAGGAGACUUUACUGGCAUCACACCAGGUAUUAUCAAGAAACAGAGCAUGCAGCUUUUGUGUUUUAUCAGUAGAAUCAUCUCUACCCCACCAAAGCCCAGACUGGGUUUAUUUGGACUUAUCCAACACAUAAAAGAACAGAUAAAUAGAAGACUGUAAAACUGCUCCAGGUCCUGGAGCUUCUCCAUCACUGUUAAAGGCUGGUUCUCCUUAUCUGACUGGCUCAAAAACGUGCUUGCAAUUGUUUUGUUUUUUAAUUCAUUAUUAUUUUGUACAUCAGGUCUCUGACCUGACUCUUGGUCCAGUCAGACUGAGUCAUUACCAGCAUUUCCCAGGAGCCAGCUUGCCUCAUGGUCCACGGAACACACAGUCUCAGCUCAAGAGCUGUUGCACCCCAGGAACAGUUGGACACAUGGCCAGGCAGGAAUUUUACAUUGCCGUGGUCCAGUACUGUGUUGAAGAGAUAAAAAACCUUACUGCCCUAGACUCCAUUCUGAAAGGAAAACCAUCACUAGUCCUCCAUUCCCUCCUUUUUUUCCUUUCUUCCAAGUGACUUUGCAGGUAAGGAUGCCCAGGGAGGACUGAGUCUGAUCCAGGCUCUGGGAAUGGGACUGGACAGUUUGUGCCUGUUCUAAGUGUAUUUUUUCCUGCUCAUUAACACUUUGCUCAAUGCACUUUGUUUGGUGCCUGGGUUGUGAUUUUUCAUACAACUGUGGCUUAGCUGUUUCUUCUUUAUGGUGAGAGAAAAAACUGAAAAGCUGACAAAUCUGAUGUAGAGGGAUUAUUUAUAUGAAAUAAAAGUUGGAAUGAGGAAAAAC